UUUUUCUUGUCAUGUUACUUGGAGAGACGACAAAGAAUUUUUGGAGGUGCCAUUUUAAAGUUUGCUGUGGAGCUUUACAAUUUGGGCAUGCAUGUUUCUCAAGUUAGUCGAGGCUGUUUGGUUGGUGUGUCUCACUCACUCACGCUCACACUUCCCACCUGCUCUCCGCUUCUCGCUUGUCCACCUCACUCUGCUCUCACACAUCCAAAAUGGCGGCAGCGUCAUCCAUCCAGCCGCCGAGUGUCCACUCCUGUCUAACCCGGGAGAGUGCCCUUUCCCCGGAGAUGAAUAGCCCCGAAAGCCAGCAGGCGGCGAAAGAAGAUGCGGCAGCGGCGGGGGGAGCGCAGCCCUCGGAGCCAUGGACAAGCCUCCGCGACUUGCCGGAACUGGAGCCGGAGGUGAUCGAGGAGAGGCUGGCGAAAACUCGCCAGGAGCUCAGCAACAGGCGCAAAAUCCUCAUGAAGAACCUCCCGCCCGACGCGACCAACCAGGAGGUCCAUGAAAUCCUGAAAGAAUAUGAACUUAAGUACUGCUUUGUUGAUCGCAAUAAAGGCACAGCCUUUGUGACUUUGCUGAACGGGGACCAGGCUCAGGAUGCCAUCCGCUCCCUCCAUCACAGCACUGUCCGGGGACGCCUGAUCAAUGUCACCCUGCAGCCUACAGACUCCCUGCUCUGCCUCACCAACCUGCCCCACACCUUCACUGCCCAACAGUUUGAGGAGCUGGUCCGUUCCUACGGAAACAUCGAGCGCUCCUUUCUGGUGUAUAGCGACCUGACGGGACACUCCAAAGGCUACGGAUUUGUUGAAUACAUGAAGAAAGACUCUGCUUCGCGGGCCCGUUCUGAGUUGCUGGGCCGGCCGCUGGGUAAUCGCUCAUUGAUGGUGCAAUGGAUGGAUGUGAAUCAGUUGAGCCAGGAAGAGAACCUGCACUCCAAAUGUGUGUGUGUGGACCGACUGCCUCUUGACCUCUGUGACUCUGAUGAGAUGACUCAAAUCUUCUCAGAAACCUACAAACCGGUCUUCUGCCAGCUUGCUCAGGAUGAGGGAAGUCCGGUACGAGGGUUCGGCGUGGUGGAGUAUGAGUGUGCUGAGCAGGCAGAGUCUGUGCUGAUUGAGAUGGACAGAAAACUGGUGGGAGGACAGGAGGUUCGUCUGUCACUCUGUACCCCUGGCACCGCAGGAAGAAGCACCCUGGCUGCACUCAUCGCCGCCCAGGGUAUGAUUCUAAGUAACAGGAAAGGGCUGCUGCCAGAACCAAACGUAGCUCAGCUGCUGGCCAGUAUGACCAACCCUGCAGCCUUACAGAUCCUCAUGAGACCUUAUCACAAUGGGAAAAGAGGAGGGAAGUACGGGCGUCAUAGCAACUUGCCAUUCCUCAGACCCCCCCUCACCACAGCUCUUCUUACACUUGGAAAAGCUCAUCAGAGGGCCAUGUUCGGCAACGGACUCGUUUUUCAGAACCUGCUGCAGAUGCAGCUCGCUCAGCAGCAGCUUUUACACAUAAAGGACAAGUGCAUCAGCAGUGCCUCCAGCCUGUUGGGAGAUCCAUCCAGGUUGCUUAUGCAGAAAACGUUACCUCUGCGGGCUCCAGGCCUCAUCGCACUUGGGAAAGGCCUCCUGGGAGAGCCCCCCUCAGAAUUUUGCCACGAGCCUGCGCCAGCGUCAGGCCACAAUGCCGCAGUAGUGGUGUCAGUAGCGGGUGUGAUGCCCUACCUGCAGCCCCGACCUGGUGCAGGAGAACAAAAUAGCAUCCAGUCCAUCUGCACGGCCCAAGCCGCCUCCUCUUCCUCCGUCCCGUCUUCCUCCUCCGGCUCUGGUGACAGGCAGGCUGUCACUUCGGGGAGCAUGACGCAGGGACAGAACUACUCUUUGGGACUAAGUAACUCGGGCCUGUGUGGACUUCCGCCUAAACCCCCAACAGGAGUGUACACAUCCGCAGGGCAUCAUAACAGUUCAGAUGGUUCCUUGCCGACCAACAUGGUCAACAAUGGCCAGAGUUCUCUGCUGGGAGAGCCCCCCAAAGAUGUCAGACUCCCCUCCAACCCGUACCUGAAUCUGGCCAGUGUAAUGCCAGGAGUUGUCCUGCAAGGGUCACUGGGCAGUAAAUCUCCGGCAGGGCAGCCAACCUCGGGCCUCUACGGCAGCUCCUCGACCCCCGUUGUGUCCAUGGGGGGCGGCUCCUUCUCCCACAACGCAACUCCUCCCAGCACCACCUCGUACAAUACUGACACUUCCUCCGACUUCAGCCAGUACAACCAUGCCCCCACGCAGGAGGCCAUGCAACAGUGGUACCAGCACUACCAAACAGCACAAGGGUACAACUCAGCUGCACCACAGGACAACACAGCUCCGGAUUACACCAAGGAUCACACACAGGUUCCACCAGUUUCUUCCUAUAGCGAUUACAGUUCCUACAUGCAGACAGUCACUCAGUACUACAACCAGUCCACAGCUACUCACGCUUACGGCAGCAAGGAAGUGGAUGUGUGUAAGCCUCUAGGCGCGGCCCUUCAUGCCGUCAACAAUGGCGUGGCUCCCCCCCCGGCCGUUCUACCGACCGCCGCCGUGCUUCCAGCCUACAGCAGCCUGCCUCUGAUGCCCGCUUUCCUCGGGGGCCCGCACCCGAUAGCGGCCACGCCAAAUCCUGUCGUACAUGCGCAAGCCGCCACCGCCGACUGGAACGCCUAUUAUUAUAACCAGACACGGGGUCACAAGAGGGAGUAUCCCCAGUUGGCGGUGCAGGAAGUGACAUCAUCGGAUGGUGGCUACGUCGGCCAGCACUCCCAAGGCCUUGGGGGACAGUAUGCUGACUAUUUCAAAAGGAAGAGGCUCUAGAGUCAAGUGAUGCGCUCGCUGGGGUGGGUCGCAGCUUCUUCUAAUCUUUGAAUACUGCUUAAUUGUAGAGUACAACGAGGGUGGGGGCUCGCUUUACGACAGCGUUCCGUUCCUGCGGAGGUGAUGGCAAGCCCAAAAAACAGCUCAUGCCAUUAAUAGAAAACAAGAAGUUACUAAGCGUGUCUUCUUGUGCUGUGUGAUGACGUACGUCUUUGGCGUGACCUCGAAAUAUCAUGUAACGACCCUUGUAAACUGAGCCCCCCCGGCCCUCAUGCAGGAGGACAGCUGCCAUCAAUCGUGAAAACCCACCAAUAAUCGAAUAUCUCCUCCCCAUUUUUGAUUGCCCACAGGUGCCACAAGGAGGCCUUUUGCCUGCUUGUGUCUAAUCAACCUCCUCAAAUCACGUCAACGAAGUUCAUGAGAAGAAAGAUACCACAAGAUGGUGUCAAACUAGUACCUUUACUGCUUUGGCCCGACUAUUGCAAAAAAACGGGUUCCCCCCCAAAAUCUUCAAAUGAAUUUGCAGAUGCCAAAUUGCAAUUAUGAUUGUCACCUUAAAUAAAACGCUGUUGCUUUUGUCCAGUUCAAGCCUUAACUCACCCCAUGUCCCACCCCCGCAAUCAAUGUCAACUCUACUGAUAUUACAGUGUACUCAUAUGAUAUAAACGUGUCUGCUAAAAGAAAAGGAACGAACACUUGGAAGUGAUGGUGUGUCCGAUUCUUUUCGACUGCUCUUUCUUCCUCUUUAAAAUACGGGCAGCUGUUACUCGUGCCUCCCUUUGUGUGUUUGUGUGUGUGCGCACGCCUAAACUAUCUGUAGGAAGUGUCAGCCAUUUUGGAAUCCCAACACCGGGAGGACAAAAGGAAAAAGGGCACGGACCAAUAAGAGCUCUGUUGACAUACAUGAUUAAAAGCGAUAUACUGUACGUGUGUACUAUACACAUUCGAGCAAGCCAUGUGUAACACGCAGUUGUGUAUUAAGAACUUUUGUGUGAACUGUCAGCUCUGUAGUGAGCAUACUAUAUCACAAGAAUGAAAAUAUCCAGUUUGUUGUAUAUUUGCAACCUUUUCGAAGUCACACAGGACCAAAAAACGUUUGUCGCCUAUUUUUCAUUUCCAAGUUAACCUUCUUCAUGAGAAGAACGAGGUCAUGGUCACAUUUAUUUUGUUUUAAGGGCAAACUGCUAUUUCAAGGUAGAACCCAACACGGACAUUGAAUGAUUUCCAAUGGCUAUUGUUUUUGUGUGUUUAUUUAAUCUAGCAUUUCUUGUGGGGACUACAGUCCAUUGGCAGGGCUGCUCCGAAUAUUUCCCGACGAUGUAUCGAUCCGCUGCUAAAGUAGAGCAUCUGCAAAUGUUUAGCAUAGUCACCCAGGAAACGUUUUGGAGGGGUUUUUUUUCUUUUUCUCUCCUAGUAGUACGUUACUUGUCAAAGGAAUAGACAGCGGCUCUUCCAGAAUGCAUUUGAAAAAGAAACGUGUGUGUGUGUGUGUGUGUACUCUUGUGUGACACCCACUCAGUGUUGUGUCUACUUUGUACACAAUACUGAUUAAAUGUUGCUGCAGAUUUGAUUGGAAUCGGGGCUCACGUUCCAAUGACCUUCUACAAAAGCACACAAGUGUAAAUCUGUUAUGGUGUCUGAAAUUUUUUUUUCUUACUUGUGUUGUCAAUUUUAAUUGUCUGUAAAAGAAAAAAAAUCCUUCGUUCAAGUUUGAUUAUCAAUGAGGGCUUGCUACUUUAGUAUUACUGCUUGUUAUGGCAAUAACUAAGGCUUAUACUGCUGUAGAAUUUUGAAUGUAUUAUAAUUACUCCUCUAGUAAUGUUUUAUAACAAUCUUACUCACCAAGGACUAUUUGGGCCACACUGAAAAGACUCCAAAAAUAUGAGAAAUAUGUUGAAAAAAUGAGCAUGACUAUUCUGGAGAGGAGGAGUUAUUAAUUUUGUAUUAUUUCUCCUCAUACUUCACAACAAUUCUAAUCUAAUACCUGUAACUAUGACUUCAGUCACAUAAUUCAAUUUUCACAAAAUUCGGCGAAAUUUUGUAAUGCCUUUCAUUUCAUACAACUUUGAUUUGCACAAUUUACAUUUCAUCCUUGUUGAGUUAUUGUUUGUUCUUUUCAGUGUUGCCCAAAUACUUUUUUUUUUUAAUUCUGCUGCUGCUAUAAUUGUACAGUGCAGUACUUACGUGGCCAUUGCAGCACUGAAAAGCAAUAGCAGAUGAGCUCGUUAACAGUUUUUGAGGGCCACUGGCCCAACGUGUUCAUUUUCAAAUUCUUGUAUACAGUACUACUUUAGUCUUACGAUGCUGUCAUGCUUAGUGAAUAUUUCUCACACAACAUGACUGUCGUUACUUGUUUCCCGAUACUGUAUUGUAGCCAUAGAGUAUAUUGGCUUCUGUGUCAUUAUCUCAACUCGUGUACUUAUUAGCUGUAUGAUUAUACCAUCUUCCAGUUUUGGUGUCCCAAAUACUUUCCAUCUUUCUUUUCCUGCCAUACUUCCUUCUAGCUCAGACCUACUGUGGUGGGUUUUUUUUAAUAGCAGCCUUUCUUCCCUUGCUUCAAAGUACUUUUCAGCCUUCCUUUCUUCCGUCAGUAAAGGUCCAAUAUUGCUCUAGAACCGUCAAGAUUUUUGUUCUUGACUCAAAUGAUUUCCAUUUGUCAUCGUACGAGUAUGAAAACAAGUUGAUUUAAAGUGUAUACCUACUUUUUGGCUCACCUAGUAUAUAAAGCAAUAGAUGUUUGACUGGUAUAUUUUGUUAAUAUUUUCAUGUGACAUUAAAAAAAAAAAAAAGGAAACAAAAACAAGAGGUUCCCGGCCUCUGCUGUAUAGAGUUGCAAUUGGGCCUUUAAAUCCCUUUGAUUUUCCUCAAUGUAGACAGUCAGUACCCCCUGAAUAGAUCCCAAAGUAUUUUCCUGUUCAUGAAAAUAUCUUACAGUAUUCUUAUCUUACAUGGCUUUUGUGUUCAUUUUCAAGUCCACAAUUGUAUUGUCUUAGUUGACUAAAUGGAUCAAGCUGCAAAGGUACCAACCAGUACUCUGUACCGUACCCACGUUGGAUGGGGCUGGCCGUGCAGACUUACAAUAGGGCAAGCGCUUCACACUUUGUAAACAUAAGGCUUUUAUUUAUUUGGGAUCAGAUAUAUUGAUUGUAGAAGUUGCUAUACUUUAUAUCACUGAAUGUUUUGACUGUGAAUGCAGUAUUUCCAGGGAAUCCUCCACUGGUUACAUACAGUACAUAUACAUACACACACAUCGUGUAUAUCUUCACAAGUUAAUAUUACAUUUGGAAAGACAAAGAAGACAGUGGUUUUAUUUAUUUUUCAAUUGUGUAACUGUGGACAUUUUACCUUCCAUGAGUCAAACUUGUUUUAUUUUUUUCCCCCCCCAAGGGAAUUGUCUUUUUAUUCCUAAUUAAAGUGUGGACUCAAGUGUGUCCUUUUCGUCUGCGUCACGUUGAUCCGAUAAAAGUCUUGCACAAAGCCUUUCAUGUACACAUUAAAAUGAAAACACAAUUGCUGAUAUAAAUGUUUCAAACACAUUGCAACUGAGAAUGCCACAUGAACUAACAAGUAACGUGAGACUCGUCAGUCCUGCAACUUUUGUUUUGUUUCUUUUUUUUUUUUUUUUUUUU